AGCAUCCGGUAAGGACCAGAUGGUCACGUGAUUGUCGACGGCGUGGAGCGUGGCAGUGGUUCAUCUUGACGCAAUUCAUCUUUGAAAGGUCAGUCCGGAAGAGUUGUUAUAAGGCGAUGUUGCUGCGGUAAAUCAAGGAAGGUUCCUGUCUCAUCUCAGGAAUGCCAGGUGGAGACUACGGGGAGUUCGGGGGCAGCCUCCCUGCCAUUGCCUCCCUGAAUGCUUCUUACUCCACGUCGCUGUCCCUGCCUUCCCCGUACCUGUUCUCACCAUCCGCAGAGCGCAGGGCCGUUUCUGACGUCCGUCGCACCUUCUGUCUCUUUGUGACCUUCGACCUGCUCUUCAUCUCACUUCUCUGGAUUAUUGAGCUGAAUAUCUCCAAUACAGUCUGGGACAGUUUAAAAACGGAGGUUGUUAAUUAUAAAUUCACAACUUCCUUUUUUGACAUCUGGCUUCUUGCUGUGUUCCGUUUCCUGUGCCUGCAAGUGGCUUAUGCAGCUUUUCGGCUGAGGCAUUGGUGGGUUAUUGCGGUCACCACUCUAGUGACCAGCGUCUUCCUUGUUCUGAAGGUCAUCCUGUCUAAUCUCCUGUCCCAGAAUGCCUUCGGCUACGUGCUGCCCAUCACCUCCUUUGUGUUGGCCUGGCUGGAGACGUGGUUCCUUGACUUCAAGGUGCUCACACAGGAGGCAGAGGAUGAACGGGCCUACCUAGCAGCGGUGAACGCAGCCUGCGAACGCGCCCCCAUGAUUUACCCCCGUGCAGUUUCCGACGGCCAGUUCUACUCCCCUCCUGAGUCCGUGACAGGUUCAGAUGAGGAGCUGGAUGAUGAGGGUCUUGGGCGAAAAGCUGUCACUGCACAGGAGAAGGAAUAUGUCCGUCAGGGUCGGGAAGCCAUGUCAGUGGUUGAACAGAUCCUAACCCAGGAGGAUAACUGGAAGUUUGAAAAGAACAAUGACAUUGGAGACUCUGUCUACACCCUGGAGAUUCCCUUCCAUGGCAAAACUUUCAUUCUCAAGGCCUUCAUGCAGUGUACGGCUGAGCUUGUGUAUCAGGAGGUCAUUCUGCAGCCGGAGAAGAUGGUCCAGUGGAACCGAACUGUUUCUGUCUGUCAGAUCCUUCAGAGGGUUGACGACAACACUCUAGUAACGUACGACGUCUCUGCUGGAGCAGCGGGUGGAGUCGUGUCUGCGAGGGACUUUGUUAACGUUCGGCGAGUGGAGCGUAAGCGAGACUGCUACCUGUCUGCUGGCAUGGCCACCGAGCACGAUGCCAAAGCGCCGUGCCAGCGCUAUGUCAGAGGAGAGAACGGUCCAGGAGGAUUUGUGGUUCUCAAAUCCAGCUCUAACCCGUCUGUCUGCACCUUCAUCUGGAUUCUCAACACAGACUUGAAGGGCCGCCUGCCUCGCUACCUCAUCCACCAGAGUCUGGCCGCCACCAUGUUCGAGUUCAUGUCCCAUUUACGCCAACGCAUCACCGAGCUGCGCUCCCACCGCUCCCACCACCACAGUUAAGGCAGGAGCGGCGCCAUCCAAGUCGGAGCUACGGUCAAUGAAGUGGCUGCACUACACACGCGAGCUGUGGGUCACUCAUCACAGAAUCAGACGGUUUCCCUCUUUAAUCGUGAAAUUCAGCAACGUCGCUUCAGACGUGAUCGCAACCAUGUUUUGGAGUGGACGUGUAAUUGUUUCGCUACAUCCCUCGCUGCAAGGAGAAGAGUUCCCUGAAGGCAUCUUGUGUCACUGUGUAGAAUUGAGAUGACUUGGAUGGAGAUGGAAGUGGUUGUCACUGUGCAGACAUGUGUCUGACUGGUUACAGACGAGCUGCUGCAGGAGGAUGACUGAAUGGGCUGUGUCUCUGAGCCUUAUCCUGCUGCACAACAUUCACCACUAAUUGCUUUUUUAUUAUUUUGGCUUUUUUGAAUGUCUGUGUUUUCACUGUAAAUGACUUAAAUGUGUUUCUCUGUUUGACCUGCCCCAAAGCAAGAGCUCAAGUCUAAGAUCUAAGUUUAUUCUCUCUCAGGGCGCUGAGCUGUCCUGUCACCGCUAGAGGGAGACACUACUCAUCCACCCCAUCGACGCCUCUUACAGUACAGUGACACCCAGUAAUCAUUUAUGCCACGUCACAAACAUCCAUUUAACAUGUAGUAGCUCACUUUUAAAUGCUUAUCUUUGUUCGCGCUCUGGGAUUUAUCUCCAGGUCAAACUAGUCAUAUCAGGAGACUCCUAAUGCAUUAUCAAACUCGAUUAAGAGAAUUAAGAAUGAGAAAAUGGUCAUAGAUCAGAAUACUGUGAUCGAGAUUAAGCUAUUAUUUGUGCCAAUAACCUCAUAACAAUAACUUUUCUUGUUUUUUUCAUUCAGGUUUGUUACUGUAGAGAUGAUUUUGACUUUGUAUCUCUUCGGGACCAGAAAUGGCUUUGAAUAUGGUGGUUCUGUCAUUUUUUUUUUUUUAAUUAUGAAACAUCAUAACGUGUCUUAUCAUGUCGCCUCCAGCUCAUUCAGCUUUGUUUACCUUCUAACUCUGCAUUACAGUGUUAUGAUGUACUUCAGAAAACUUCAGUCAUGAUUUACAACUGUAUAUGUAAUGAAGCCUAGCUGAGAUCUGCUGAAUACCUUGUUACCUUGAGUGAACUGUUCAUCUUGGACCUCAUCGUUCUUGACAAACAACCUCGUUCACACUUUCAAGGGUCUGUAUUUAUUGGCUUAACUGUGAUGCAGUCAUUUGCCUCCUCACGCCUGCAGCGCAGCCACUUGGCCUCGAAGCGCUUUACUUUGGCAGCGCAGGUGCAGCGAUGGUGCGAAACGCUUCUUUUGCAUGAAGUUCAUAAAUGUAGAUGCAGCUGAAUAACUUACCGUGACUGAUUUAAACGACUCACUACACAGAAGGAAUGUCCUAUGACAAAUAAAUGAUUUCAGUUUUGUGCCUUGUUCACAUUUACCUUAAAUAUCAGCCUUUUAUUUUGCUUUGACUUUAUUCUGAAUGUGUCCUUAUCACUGCUUAAAGUUCUUUUGUUACAGCUCAUCAAAUGUUUUUUUCAUUUAAAGCCAUAACAACUGACCAACAGUUUUUAUUGUCUUCUAAUAAAAUGAGAACUUCAGUAUCAGC